CAUGUGAUCACAUGCAAAGCAACAAUGUAAAGAAAUGACUUGCAGAAAACAUGCCCACUUGAGUGUUUAUCUGUGUUUGUUGUUCAAUUAUCUCCACCAAGGCUGUCCCCCCUCCACAGAAUUUGGGCACAUUCCCUCAUCACUGACAGACCAUCAUAGACUAGCCAGUUCCAGUUGCCCAGUUGGCCUGAUUCAGCUGUAUAAGGAGAUUCUGGAAGCUAGUGGCAAACCAAUUAGAACAUGUUGGGAACCAUUCUGCUGCUAUUUUCAAUAGCAUUACUUUCAUACUUAUGGAGAUCUCGGAGACCCACUAACUAUCCACCAGGCCCUACACCGUUGCCUAUUGUUGGCAACACUUUCCAAAUGCCAAAGGCGCCAAAGCAUCUCUAUCAGGCUGUAGAGGAGUGGUCUAAAGUUUACGGUGAGAUCAUCGGACUUACAGUUGGAAAUCUAAGAGUUGUUCUUGUUACUGGAGCUGACAAUGUGCUGGCUGCACUGCGAAAAGAAGAGUUUCAAGAUCGACCAGACACAUUUUCCAUCAGAGAAAGAUCAUUCGGUGAACUAUUUGGUAUUUUUUUCAGCAGUGGAGAACAAUGGAUGUCUUCACGCAAGUUUACAGUCAAACAAAUGAGAGCGUAUGGCAAGAACGAAAAAGAAGAUUUAAUUCAAGAUGAAAUCUCUCAACUCAUGGAAACAUUCAAAGAUGGCAGUGUUAUCCAGGGAACCGGUAUAUUUGGAGUCGCCUCAGUGAAUGUUAUUUGGACAAUGUUGGCAAAUAAGAGGAUUGAUUUCAAUGAUGUAGAAUCAAGAAAGUUUUUGGGAAGCUUGAAUGCAAUGAUGCGUCGAGGAACUCCUGCUGGUGGUAGCUUGGUUGAUAUUUCACCAAUUUUCAAAUAUAUUGACACAAGCUUUAAGUUGAACACAGCAACCUUCAGAGAAGUUCAAAAAUAUGUACAACAAACAAUCAAAGAACACGAGGAAAUUUUAGAUCCAAACAACCCUAUGGAUUUGAUUGACCAUUACUUGAUUGAAAUGAAGAAAAACACCUCUAAGCUUUUUACUGAAAAGGACCUUAUCAUGAUAGCGCUCGACUUGUUCGUGGCCGGCGCAGAAUCUGUUAGUAACUCAGUAGAGUUUGUACUGUUGUACAUGAUCUUGUACCCGGAGAUUCAGGAAAAGAUGCAAGCAGAAAUAGACCAUGUUCUGGCAAGAGCAAGGAAACCCAAGUUGGAUGACAAGUUAAGUAUGCACUAUCUGAUGGCAGUUUUGACAGAAGUGGAAAGAAUCAACAGUGUGGUCCCGACCAAUGUGCCCCACACUUGCACAAAAGACACAACAUUUGGAGGAUACUUUAUACCUAAGGGGACAAUGGUUUCAAUGAAUCUUCGUUCACUGGGAUACGACACAAAAUACUGGAGCAACCCUGAGGAAUUUGACCCAAGGAGACAUCUUAAUAAGGAAGGAGUGUUCGUAAAGCCUUCAGUUCUGGCUACCUUUGGAGGAGGUCCAAGGGUGUGUGUCGGAGAGAUCAUUGCAAGAAAUAUAAUGUUCCUGUUCACAGCGACGUUUUUUGAGAAGUAUACCGUCUCUCUUCCCCCCGGGGAGAAAGAACCUUCAACACUAUCUAUGCCUGGCUUCACUUCUGCUCCUCAGCCCUUCAAAGUUAAAAUCCAAAGCAGAUAUUAGUCUGAUAACCAUACGGUUUUCCCAGACUGGCCUUAAAUGCUUAUUAUGGUGCUAGAACACAGUCGGGUAUUAGGAGACAUGGUAUGGACGUCUCCACUUCAAGUGGGUUUCUAUCGAUAGAUUAACGUUAUGUUUUUUCAUCAUCCUGAUGACUGUUCUUUCCACCCUACUUAAAUUUCCAUCCAUCACUACUAAUUUUAAAAACUAACGUGUACAAACAUAUUUUUUAAAUAACAAGAACAUAUUUAUCAAGGCGACCUUUUUAAAAAUAGAGACAAAAUAUUUACUUAGUACUAAAAGUAACAUUACGAGAGUACACCUACUUCUAGGGUACGAGGUUUUUGCAAAAUUAAACCAAUGACGAGCUGCUCAUAGAAACAAAGCAGGAUUGAUGUAUCUGUCUUAUAGACAAUUAUUUGUGGUUAUAGUAGAUAAUUACUGGCAUUGAUACUGGUUUGAUUCAAUCUAAGGCUGGCCUGAACACCUGAUUGCACUAAGGCCAUUAUAUAGGAGUGUUUUGCAGGCUGCUAGUGUUUCUAACUAGAGUGAAAUUAUAGGACUAAUCAAGUACAUGGCCAAAACAUUGUGUGUAAAUUGUUCAAUGGACAACAUCUCUAUUUGAUCAUUUGACAAAAGACCAAGUGCUUUAUAACAAUACAAAAAUGUGUUUUCCAUUGAUUAUUGCAUAACAUUCAAUCUCACCAAUAUUAUAACAUGUUAUUGCAAUUGAAAUGAAACUUAGAGUGUCUCAUUUUGUAAGCUGGUCUUGUAACAAUAAAUGCAUUUGUGAAUUGCUGUAAAAAUGGUCCUAAAUAUUUAAUGAUUAUUACAAUAUGAUACUUUUACGUUUUACAGAUUUGUUGAAUUGUUGAUGCAAAUCGUAAUUCAUUGCUGGAAAAACUGGAAACUGGAAAAAGCAAUUUCCAGGAGUAUUAAUUAAGAAAGUUAAUUUAAAAUAAUUAACCUUCACAAUAAUUUUAGAUAAAUUUAUUAGAUUAGAUUUUUUAACAAAACUUUUUGAUUUUAUAUCUAUAUAGUUUAUUGAUUAGGUAAAUAGUUUAAUUACAAUGAAUGUAUUUUAUUAUUAA